AUGGUCUCAUUCAAUCCAGACGACGAAGAUGUCGGGAAAUUUGAAGCAUUGUCGUACUUCUGGGGCUCGGAAGAAGAUCCUAUUGAUGUCUUCAUAGGCGAAGGAGAAGAAGUCACUCUCGCCGUGACUGGGAAUUUGGCCGAAGCUCUACCUUAUCUUCGCUAUACCCACAAACCGCAAGCAUUCUGGAUCGACGCCAUCUGUGUCAACCAGAAAGAUCUCGUGGAGAGGAGUAAACAGGUGGGGCGAAUGGCAGACAUCUACUCCAAAGCCGACAGUGUGGUCGUUUGGCUUGGUCCAGAAUCUUAUGACAGCGAUAUAGCAAUAGCUUGCAUCGAAGAGAUAGCUGGUCGUAUCAAAGUCAAUUUCUCACUGCAAGUCAUGGAGCCGACGACGGAAGAGACGCACUGGGGCGACGCAAGAUAUACGCUACCAUUCAAAAGGCGCGAGUUUCGAGCACUCUCGAAUCUCCUCGGCCGGAACUGGUUCCAGAGAUUAUGGGUCUGGCAAGAAGUCCACCUUGCUACCCACAAUCCUGUUGUGAUGUGUGGAUUCCGCCGAAUUUCUUGGUCAGGCUUGCGCAAAGCCGUCUUCGGUUUGUUCGCAAAGCCCAGACCGACAAGCAGCGCAGAUGUCGUGGUCAUGGAGCACCUGAGGACAGCAUACUCGUUAAUGCUUGGACAAGAUAGUAACCAGUUUGAUAGGCUUCUUUACCAGACCAGACACACCAAGUGUACAGACCCAAGAGAUAGAGUCUUUGCAUUAUGUUCCUUGAGUCGUUCAGACCAUGGUAUGCUUGAAAUGCAGACGGACUUCACCAAGGAAGUGCAUGAGGUUUAUCAAGAUGCCAUGCUACACUGGACCCGAAAGACUCGCUGUCUCAAUCUUCUAUGCAUGGUCGAAAUGCACGAGCAUCUCAAGGGAGUUCCAUCUUGGAUACCGGAUUGGUCCACCAAAAGACUCACAAAGCCUCUCCCUUAUGGUCUGGCAGGCGGCCUCACAGAGUCUCUGAUACCUUCAGAUGUUAACCACAUACUGCCAGCAAUGGGUGUCAUUGUCGGCGAGGUCAAAGCAGCCGAGGAUUUCGACUACUCGGACGAUGGGGACGCAGAAAUGGGGCCCAUGGCACGAGAACUGUGCCGUGUGGUCUCCCGACUAGACAUCACAGGACCUUUCAUCCCAGGCAGCAAGCUUGCCAAAAAUCUCUGCGUCGUUGUCGUUGGAAAUCGGUAUUUGGAGCGAUUCUUUCCUCCCAAUACGAAUGAACUGCCUUUUGAGGAUAUCGAGAAAACGCUAUGCCAUGCGCUCAACUACGUGUUUGGAUGGACAGAGCACAUAACGCGUGGCAAGGAGACAUCGCUCUACACGACCACGGAUGGGAGAUUCGGUCUCGCACCUGCCAAGACUUUACCGGGAGACGUGGUCGCUAGUCUUCUCGGCUGCCCCUCAGCCAUGAUACUCCGCCCCGUCCAGGACGGCAAGUACCAAGUCAUAGGAGAAGCUCUCUGUCAAGGAUUCAUGUACGGCGAAGGCCUUCUUGGUCCGUUGCCAGAACACGUUGAGCCGAUCUUGUAUUAUGCCGAUAAUCUUGGCGAGGAUUGGUGGGCGUUUCUUAACCAAGAGACGACGGAGUUUUUGCCUGAGGAUCCGAGGUUGGGGGAGUUGCCGAAGGGGUGGAUGAAGACGGAACAUGAGUAUGAUAAGACGUUUAGUAUCUUUGUGCAUGAGGGGACGGAGGAGAGGUUGUAUAAUGUUGAUCCGAGGAUGACACCUGAGAGUCUGAGGGAGAGGGGGGUUGAUUUGAAGACUUUUGAGUUGGUGUGA